CGGGCGGGCGCGCGGGGGAGCCCGGCCGAGGGAUGGGCUGCGCCCCUAGCAUCCAUGUCUCGCAGAGCGGCGUGAUCUACUGUCGCGACUCGGACGAGUCUAACUCGCCCCGCCAGACCACCAGCGUGUCGCAAGGCCCCGCGGCCCCCCUGCACGGCCUCUUGGUCCAGACGGACGCCGCCGACGCCAUUCCCCCGAGUCGCGCGUGCGGACCCCGCACCCGCAGAGCCCGCGCGGAGCUUGGAAGCGGCAGCAGUGGGAGCUCCGCUGCUCCUGCAGCGACCACCUGCAGGGGCCGGAGGCGCCACUGCUGCAGCAGCGCCGAGGCCGAGACCCAGACCAGCUACACCAGCAUCAAGCAGGUUUCUUCCGCGGAGGUACGCGUUGGGCCCAUGAGACUGAUACAGGACCCCAUUCAGGUUUUGCUGAUCUUUGCAAAGGAAGAUAAUCAGAGUGAUGGAUUCUGGUGGGCCUGUGACCGAGCCGGUUAUAGAUGCAAUAUUGCUCGGACUCCCGAGUCAGCCCUUGAAUGCUUUUUAGAUAAGCAUCAUGAAAUUAUUGUAAUCGAUCACAGACAAACUCGAAACUUUGACGCAGAAGUUGUGUGCAGGUCGAUCCGGGCCACAAAUCCCUCCGAGCACACGGUGAUCCUAGCGGUGGUUUCACAAGCAUCGAGUGACCAUGAAGAGGCCUCAGUCCUCCCUCUUCUUCAUGCAGGCUUCAACAGGAGAUUUAUGGAGAAUAACAGCGUAAUUGCUUGCUAUAAUGAACUGAUUCAAAUAGAACAUGGGGAGGUUCGCUCACAGUUCAAAUUACGGGCCUGUAAUUCAGUGUUCACAGCAUUAGACCACUGUCACGAAGCCAUAGAAAUAACAAGCGAUGACCAUGUGAUUCAGUAUGUCAACCCAGCCUUCGAAAGGAUGAUGGGCUACCACAAGGGCGAGCUCCUAGGGAAAGAACUUGCUGAACUACCCAAAAGCGAUAAGAACCGGGCAGACCUUCUCGACACCAUCAAUACAUGCAUCAAGAAGGGCAAGGAGUGGCAGGGGGUUUACUAUGCCAGACGGAAAUCCGGAGACAGCAUCCAGCAGCACGUGAAGAUUGCCCCUGUGGUUGGCCAAGGAGGGAAAAUUAGGCAUUUUGUCUCCCUCAAGAAACUGUGUUGCACCACUGACAAAAAUAAGCAGAUUCACAAGAUUCAUCGUGAUUCAGGAGACAAUUCUCAGACAGAGUCUCAUUCAUUCAGAUACAAGAACAGGAGGAAAGAGUCCAUUGAUGUGAAGUCAAUAUCAUCUCGAAGCAGUGAUGCACCCAGCCUACAGAACCGCCGUUAUCCAUCCAUGGCAAGGAUCCACUCCAUGACCAUCGAGGCUCCCAUCACAAAGGUCAUAAAUAUAAUCAAUGCAGCCCAAGAAAACAGCCCAGUCACAGUAGCAGAAGCCUUGGACAGAGUUUUAGAAAUUUUGCGGACCACAGAAUUAUAUUCCCCUCAGCUGGGUACCAGAGAUGAAGAUCCACACACCAGCGAUCUUGUUGGAGGCUUGAUGACUGAUGGCUUGAGAAGGUUGUCAGGAAAUGAGUAUGUGUUUACCAAGAAUGUGCACCAGAGUCACAGUCACCUUGCGAUGCCAAUAACCAUCAACGAUGUUCCCCCUUGUAUUGCUCAAUUACUUGAUAAUGAGGAAAGCUGGGACUUCAACAUCUUUGAAUUGGAAACUGUUACACAUAAAAGGCCAUUGGUUUACCUGGGCUUAAAGGUCUUUUCCCGCUUUGGAGUGUGUGAAUUUUUAAACUGUUCUGAAACCACUCUUCGGGCCUGGUUCCAAGUGAUUGAAGCGAACUACCACUCCUCCAAUGCCUACCAUAACUCCACCCAUGCUGCAGAUGUCCUGCAUGCUACUGCUUUCUUCCUUGGAAAGGAAAGAGUGAAGGGAAGCCUGGAUCAGCUGGACGAAGUGGCAGCGCUGAUUGCUGCCACAGUCCAUGAUGUGGACCACCCAGGAAGGACCAAUUCUUUCCUGUGCAAUGCAGGCAGUGAACUCGCUGUGCUUUAUAAUGACACUGCUGUCUUGGAGAGUCACCAUACAGCCCUGGCCUUCCAGCUCACAGUCAAGGACAACAAGUGCAACAUUUUCAAGAAUAUUGACAGGAACCAUUAUCGAACACUGCGCCAGGCUAUUAUUGACAUGGUUUUGGCAACUGAGAUGACAAAACACUUUGAACAUGUGAACAAAUUUGUGAACAGCAUCAAUAAGCCAAUGGCAGCUGAGAUUGAGGGCAGCGAUUGUGAAUGCAACCCUAUUGGGAAGAACUUUCCUGAAAACCAAAUCCUGAUCAAGCGCAUGAUGAUUAAGUGUGCUGAUGUGGCCAACCCGUGCCGCCCCUUGGAGCUGUGCAUCGAAUGGGCCGGGAGGAUCUCCGAGGAGUAUUUUGCACAGACUGAUGAAGAGAAGAGACAGGGGCUACCUGUGGUGAUGCCAGUGUUUGACCGGAAUACUUGUAGCAUUCCCAAGUCCCAGAUCUCCUUCAUUGAUUACUUCAUAACAGACAUGUUUGAUGCUUGGGAUGCCUUUGCACAUCUGCCAGCCCUGAUGCAACAUUUGGCUGAUAACUACAAACACUGGAAGACAUUGGAUGACCUCAAGUGCAAAAGUCUGAGGCUUCCAUCUGACAGCUAAAUCCAAGCCAGAGAACGAGAAUCACAGUGGUGUAAACAAGAGGCUUUCCUUUAUAAUAAAAAUGACAGAUGUAGGUUAAGGAGCUAAUAUUUGACCCUGAAUCAUUCAAGUCCCCAAAUCUCAUUUUUAGAAAGUUAUGUUCCAUGAAGAAAAGUAAAUGUUUUACAAACCAUCACUUAGUAACAGAACAAAUAUUUAGCAAACUCCUUUGCUCUGCUGUCAUCCUGUGCACCCUGGUCAAAUUGUGGAACUGAUUUAUCAUAACUAGCAGGCCACAAGAAGCAAAGACUUGGUGCAUGUGAGCCCAUCCCCCUGGAUGAUGACCAAGUAGGUUAGCUAGUGUUCAGCUCAUCUCUCACCAUAAAAGUCACCAUCACUGUUUAGCUAGACUUUUUCCCUCAAAAGCAUCAGUCUGAAGGAUUCAUAUGAAGCCCAUCUGAAAAGAUGUGUGUAAGACAAAAACUAAAUAAAAUAAACAAAACAACUCAAAUCAUUGAAAAACUAGUUAGCUUCACAGCCUCCAUGCCUUGGUGGUUCUUCUGGUCAUUGGUGAGAUACCCAUGUUAGAACACAGCCCUGGUAUGAUGAGUGCCCUUUCUAGACUGGUAUCAGCAGCCUGUGCAGCCCUGUUUCCUGUAAAAAGGAUUCAUCUUACUAGAAGUCAUCAUGACAAGGAAGGAGGGACAUCUUGUUUUAGGGGAAUUCAUGAGCUUCCCUUAUUUCUGCUUAAAAAGGCAACCGCAAGGCACUACUGAGUAUUAUUUAAAAGCCAUUAAAUCUGAAUGCCCUUGGACAAGUCUUUUUUUAAAAAAAAAAAUUAUAUAUAUUUGCUCUGUAAAAUUUUUAUUAAAACAAUCUGAACUUUCUGGGUAUUAAGUCCACGGAGAAUGUUGUACCAUUUGCCAUUAUACAUAUAUAUUUGGGGAGGGGAUAGGGGAAAUUUCAGAGUUAAGAUGUUUUUUGCCUAUCUAUGUUUUAGAUCAUGCCAUUUUGCUUUAACGAUGUAAAAAAAUGCAAGAUAUGUAAAUAUAUCAGAAGAUAGACAUAUUGGGUGGCAAUCAAUACUAUUUUAAGCUAUUAAUUAUACCCUAAAAGAUUUAAAGCACACAUGCAUAUUUUUAUACAGCUCUUUUCACAACUUUCUGUAAUCUACAUAAAGUCAGACUUGAGAUUUUUCCAUUUUCUUACCAGCCAGCCCAUCUCUAUGUAUAUAUAUUUCAUAUAUACAAGAAAUUCAGUAAACAAAAUAUUUUAAUUUUUCUUUCAAAUAUUCUGUAUUCCAUGCUGCAUUUUAAGAGCUAUAAACAAAGAAUGAAUAAAUUCAAUCAGUGGUUGUUACUUAUUUUUCAAAUGAAAAUUGGAAUGCACUCAAAAUGGUAUAUGGGAAGAAAAACUGGUAUCACAACAAAAUGUGCCAAUGUUUUUUUUCUAAUUUUGUACCAAAAUGGAAACAUAUAUGACAAGUCCAUGAAAAAAAAAUGUAUCUAAACUAUUUUUGUUAGAUGAUAAAAGAACUUGCUUGGUCACAACAGUACCAGCUUUGUAUUGUAAUGCUACAUUAUAUAAAUGUGAUGAAAAUAUUUUUGUGAAAUACUUGUAACUAAAUUCCCGCAGUAAUUUUCCAUUCCCAACAACCGGUUUUUUUGUUGUUAUUGUUUUGGUUUGUGUCUCUCUCUUUCUUUCUUUCUUCCUUUUUUAUAGAGAAGUUGUGGGCUUACAGAAAAGUCAUGAAUAAAAUAUAGGGUUCCC